AUGGAUCCGUUCCCCUUCGCUUCGGAGUUCUUGAUCUUCUACCAGAGCUUUGCUCCGACCUCCUUGCUGCCUAACUGCUGGCAGAGCAGCGGCUUCGCGGAAUACUUCCGGGUGGGCUGCAGUUCAGCUAAUGGAUAUGGUGUGCAGUCAAACUGCUUCGACCAGGCGGAGAGCAAGCCAACGAGCUCAAACGCUCUUCUGCCUUCAAACAUCGACUUGAGCACCGUCGGGUGUGCCACUGCGGCCUCCGACGGCAAUCUCGCCCUGCGCUGCCGGAGUCGAGCGUACGACACCAUGCGGCUGGCAAGGCAUGAGCCUAUUGAGACGGAGGCGCCGUCCUGGGAAUGCCCGACGUUGCCCGUGAGGGGCAACAGAAACAAGUACUCCCUCCAGCCGGAACGGAGCUGUGCAGACGGUCUUGGCACCUGGGGUGCCCGCAUCCAGUCGCAUCUGAAGUGCGUGGUGGUGCAAGCUGCAGAGCUGCUACAUCUAAGGCCUGGCGAGUCAGUUCUUGACUGGGGCAGUGGGUGCGGAUGGGCGCUUACGUGGCUGUCGACGAUGUACGGCAUCAAUGGCUAUGGCAUUGAGGCCACCUCGCAGAACUUUGCUUGGGCGAGUCGCUUCUCUCGAGGUAACUACUGCCUCUACGGUGGCACGGACCUAGGCUGGAUUCCGGACGAGUCUUUUGACGCGGUGACGUCCUACUGGGUCCUUUACCACUACAACGUCUCAGUGCAAUGCAAAGUCAUCCAACAGCUGGUCCGAAAGUUGCGGCCCGGUGGCCGCGCAUGGUUCGGAGGCAACGCGCCGAGCCCCCACCUGUCCAUCUCAUCCAUCCCGCUGAAGCGGCGAAACUGGAGAACUUGCUUGGCUCCUGCCGCGAAGGCGGGGAAGCUCCCGGUGUCCUUGGACUUCAUUGAGGACGCUGCUCUCUUUACCCAGACCCUGAAUCACAUCGGUCGCAAGGAAGGGGACUACCUUUUCUUUGGCCCGACGUACUCAGUGCUGGUUCACCGGCUCGUCACAUGA